AUCGCCAGAAAGAACUGACUCGCCUCACCUUCACCUUUCCUCUUCCAGUACAGCGGAGCUUGUCCAAGUGCUAAUGCUAUUGCAGGCGAACUUUCAUCCUUUGUGCUUUCUACCCUCAUCCUGACCCCCUUCUCGGGGAUUUCUUGCUUUCUGCGGCGUGAGGAGCGAGAGUGUAGAAGUGUUUACGGCAUAUAAGGUACCUCAUCGGUACGCAAACUCCGCCUUACCACACGUUGGAGUGGGCCCAAUUAUCAUUAAGCCGCAGCCCCUUAAUAAAGGACAGAUUGACACUGGUUCUUGCGAGCUUCUCGGCUCUCCGGCUACCGUACCCUCCCUGUCUCCCAUACCGACACCUUGUUCUGUUCCCUCCAGUUGCCCACCUUUCGAGAACUCUGAGUUAAAGGCGGGUGCAGCGGUGUGGCGCUUACACAAAUAUUUGAAUCCUAAAACACUAUUUCUCCGGAGAUGGGUAUAGUCCGGCAGGUCGGGUUGGUGAUAUUGGGGAUAUCCUUCUUCACUUUUAUUGCACUCUUUGGGCACGUUCCGAGAUUGAGGUGACAUCCCUACCCCGAGUUUUUGCUCCAUUGUUCGUUCUUUGUGCGGUUGGGUACCGGUCGUUCUGGACCCGUGGUUUUUCUUUUUCUCUUUUCCGACCCUGCCCUUUUUCCACAGCAUUCCUUUCUCGAACACGAUCCUGUGCCGUACCAAUAGUCUGCUUUCAUGGGUGGAUUGGUUUCUAACCCUGGUUGGCGCGCCAAGGUCCACUCCCAUAGGUUGGAUAAACCGAUUCAUGUGGGGCAUCCUCCCGAGAUGGCUUUCCUAUCUCGAUAGAAGAUUUACGGGUGGUUACAUUGGCCCUUUAGUCUCUGGGGUCGGCAAAUACCUGAUGCACGAAAAACACCCCGUGGUAAUGGUGAGAAACUUAUCAAACUUUUGUCUAUAUGUUUGUAAUGGUCAGAGUCUGAUAGGGGCACUUUGUAGGCAUUCUACCUCACUCUUGUGUCGGGGGGAUUGUACAUGUUUGUCAAAGAUGGCUGGCAAUACCUCCCGCUGAUUCACAAGUUAUUCCUCCCUUCCGUCCCUGAGCGCUUGGAAUCUAACAUCAUUCAGGAUUUUUGUCCCCGUUGUCGGUAUACUACCGUACAUUACCAUGUACCAUGCUGCCAACUCCGAUCCUGGCUUCGUGACUCCCGAAAACCACGAACGCGCGUUACGGUCCUAUCCAUACGACCAUGUGAAUUUCCGUCCAGGGGUGAUUUGUAGGACCUGCCACCUCCGGAAACCCGCGAGAUCGAAACAUUGCUCAACAUGUUUGUACCCUUCAAAUCAUAGCAUUUCCCGUUCUAACCCCGUGCAGGCAAACAUUGUAUAGCUAAGCACGAUCAUCACUGCGUAGUUAUCCGCUGUCAAAUUGUCUGCUGAUAGCUAACUAGCGGUAGGUGUGGAUCAACAACUGUGUCGGACAACUCAACAUACGACACUUUAUUUUCUUUUUGGGAGCAACUGAUGUCCUUCUGACAUAUGGCGUUUAUCUCACCUUUGAUAUUCUUCAAAACGUGUUCAUGCACCGAGCAGUCAUACCUUCUAAUGUACCGUUGUCAAGUCUUCCCUGGUCAAUAUACAUGCACCUCCUGGGGAUCAUUAUAGUCGAGGAAAUUUACAUUGGCGCAGUAUUCCUCCUGGCGUCACUAACCGGAAUCCUUAGUUACGCCUUCACAAUAUACCAUCUGUUUCUCCCCCUUGCCCUCCCUGCGCGUCCCUGCUAACCUCAACUAGCUACCUAAUAUGGGCCGGCACAACCACUAACGAAACUAUGAAAUGGUCCGAUUGGCAAGACGAUAUCAAAAAUGGCGACAUCCUAAUAGCGGAGCCAGAAGAGGACCCACCAUGUGCCGAAGAUAGUGAGUACGACGAAGAUGAACUCUGCCGGCACUGGCCGAAACGUACAACUCAGCUGUUCUACCGCCGGGACCCUGAGAACGCGAUAGACUUACCUCGCGGCUUUUUGUGGCGUAGAGUCGAGUCCCUAAGCGAAAUAGAUAAUGUAUACGAUUUGGGGUGGAGUAAGAAUUUCGAAGACGUGUUUUGGCCCCAGAAGUUAUAAAUUUUUAUUAUUUCUUCUUUAUUUCGCUACUCGGGCUGAUCGACUGUGGGUAGUUGUUGGGGUUAUUAUGACUUCCGGAGUUUGCGUGGAAUUGGAUAAAUCAAUUUAAUCAUGGUCCAUCACUCGG